AUGGCUCAGUUUGGAAAGAGUUCUCCUGAUAUAAGAGAUGCCAGAUCGCCAGAUAUCACAGACACCCUGUAUGCUAGGCUUGCAUCGGCGUUUGAAUCAGCAAAUUUAAGAAAAGCUCUGACGGCAAGGGAGGAUGAAUCGAUAGAGGAAAUAAAUAUUAGGUCAGCUAAUGUAAUCGCGUCUCUCUAUGAAGCUUUUGGAGAUACCGAGGGAGUUGACAAAGAAAGUUUUUUUGAUCUGGGAGUUGGCGUGUUCAGAUCACAAGUUGAUAUAGAGUCUUGCAGGCGUGUUGCAGAGGCCUGGAGGCUGGAGGCGCAGGCGCAUGAACGGGAGAUAGAGGCGUGCAAACGUGAGGCAGAGAUGUAUAAACAGGAGGUCAGAAAGCUGAGUGAUGAGAAUGCCCGGAAAGAAUUGCGUUUAGAGCAAGCGCGUCAAGAAAACAAGUCGUUGCAGAGUGAGAGAGAUGCUCUGUUAAAAGACGUUGUCAGGCGGAACUUAAGUAUGGAGGAAAAGUUAGACAAGUUACUAAGCCGAAAGUCACAGUCCGGGAGCUCUUCCCGAACGCAAUCAGCCGUUAGUUCCCGUGCGGGCACACCGCAGCCGCGAUCGCAUGUCGGGUCUCGGACAGAAACUCCGCAGCCCUCGACCCAUCGUAGAGAGUCAACCGGUCACCUAGGCUUGCCAACUACUUUUACUCCAAUAUGUCCUGAGAAGUCACAGCAGCCUGUGGUUCGCCGGAAAGAGCCGGUAACUACCCCCUCUCAAACCCAAGGGUUGCAACCCUUGCACUCUCCGCCUAGAGUCUCUCGCGUCAGUACACCUUUACGCGAGCCCGAUUUCUUUAAAUUAUGUCCGGUGAAGCACCAUCCUCAGCCAGUGAAUCCCCAACCAGUGGCAGAGCCAUCCCUGUUGCCGCUAAAGCCGUGCGGAUCGACACCGCGUCCACCGUUUAACUCACCAAUGCCGGUCCAACUGGACGCCGCUUUGCCUCAGCCGCAGCCAGUUCAAGUCCCGAUGAUUCCGCCGGCGAAGCCUCUGACGCUUCUGCCGAUGCCGACACCCCAGCCGCCAGCAGCACCAUUAUUAACAGUAGCGGAGCCGAUAGCCCAGACACAACCUAUUUUGCCGCCGAACGCCAUGUUAUCUCCACAGCCGACAGCGGUAGAACCGAAAGCGGUCCCGCAGCAGCUGACUCAGGUCCUAGCGACUCAGCCGAUUCCGUUAACGCCUUCACAGCCGACUCUGCUUCAGCAGCCAAUCGUGCCGACAACCCCGUUUCCGACGGUGCAGCAGCCAGCACAGGAGCUUCAGACGAUCCCGCAGGUCCCGGCGCUUCAGCCGCCGCCACCAGCAGUAACGCAGCCGAUAAUCCAGCCGCAAUCGUCUGCAGUCCCGCAGGCAGCAGCUACGGUGCCGCUUGUCCCGGCACAACCAUCUUCUCAAUCUCAGCCCGUUCCAGCGUUCCAGCAGGUCCCGAUUCCGUCUCAGAUUCAACCAUCGGCAGCGCCGCCGCAGCCGCCAUCUUCUCAACCAUCACGCCCUGAGCAGCCAGCGCUAAGCACGCCUGUGCAGCGCCACACCGCGUUACAGCCAGCAGUUGCGUCUAUUGAUAGCGACACGGAAGUGGAGGAGGUGCACCACAAAAUGAAGUCCUACUCCGUGAACCCUCUCUUUGCAUCUGAAACCUCGCAAGGACCGAAAGGAGGCAAAACAACAACUACGAAAACAAAACCGUACACAGAAACGCAGAUGGAUGAUCUUAGGGAAACUUAUUCCCGCAUGCCUAAGGAAUCCAUAAUAGCGUAUGUGUGUCGCGUGGUACAAAGGGGCGCGGAAAGGAUUAUCUUAUCUCGUGAAGAGGUGGGAAGAACUAACUGGGGACCCGAGGUAUUUCUUGGGGAUGGUCCUGAGGGAGACCUUGCGUUGAGUGCUAGGAUCUUUCAUUGGGCUAGUGCUUAUGAGCCUUCGGAUAGGGGUGAUCCUACAGAAUUUUGGAUCAGAUCCCCUGAUGAGUUAAAUGAAGCAUUUGCUAUGGUUGCUUGUAUCCAAGCUGUGAAUCAUAAGGGAUUAUAUGCACAUGCAAUGGAUGCCCCAGUAGAGCCACCGAGGCUUAGACCCCUGAUAAAAGAAUCUGUCUUUCAGAAGGAAAAGCAGUCUGGAGGCAGGAACAGCUCUGCAUCACGACGAAAACACCAAACGGUGCGGCAUGCCUGGACAUCUGGUGACCCCAAUGAGAGUCCAAGAUCGAGCCCACGAUCAAGUCCCAGGGGGAGCCCUGAGCUUAAUCGUCGCUCUGGAUCUGGAAUAAUGUGGGUACCGAGUUCUACAGGUAGGGGUGUAAUCCCACUGCAGGAGCAGAAAUAUGCAGUGAAGCCUCGUGAUGUGUUUCAGAAGAAACAGGCAGAGCGUGAUCCUGUGAAGAGUGAGCUCAGUACUAUGAGUAAGUCCAUGUCUGAUAUAAGUAAGUCCGUGUCUGACAUGAAAGGACUGCUAGAACAAGUACUGAAAGGCAAUGGUAACGAAAAGCAGGCAGAAGAUGGCACCUUCCUGACGGAACAUUAUGGAGCUUUGGUGCUUAUGAGAUGA